GUUAGCCACGUGUCCCACAAAUCACGAAUCGGCCCGUCGGCUCCCGUGCCAAGCUCUUGAUCAUGGCAGGAAAGCUCUUGACUCCGGUCGAAGUUGAGAAGAUGUUUGACACCGCCAUCAAGACCAUCGAGUCUCUGUACAAGGGCAAAGAGAAGGCUACCAAGCCAGCGAUGCCGACAGCUGCUUCGUCGGCAGCGAAACCAUCAUCGUCCACAGCCGGUUCGAAAGCAACGAAAGCCACGAAAAAGCGAUGUCCACUGCAUCCGUAUUCGUCCCUGAAGAGUCAGAAGAUGCUCUUGAUCCUGGCAAAACUCGUUCGCGAAGACCAGGCAAAGACGUCGGAUUACACAACGAUGCCGGCGUUGUUCAAGGUCCCGAACAAUGAGCCGUGGCCAGAGGCCCUGCGAGGCGAGACUGUCAACAUCAGAGGGUUCCGCACAGCCAAAGUCAAUGGCAAGAUACACCCCAGAAUCCAAAAGAAGCUCGACGCCAUCAAGUUCGUGUGGGACUUUGAGCAGCACAAAUGGGACCUGAACCUGUGGGGACUCCGAAUCUACAAGACAGCGUACGACGCCGACGUCAGCAUCCCUGCGUCGUUCGUCGUAAAGGACAAAGACCCGGCGUUUCCUCGCGACCUGUGGCAGUUCCCACUGGGACAGUGGGUGGCAACCAUCAAGGCGAACAUUCGCGCAGUUCCUGAAGACAAGAAGCGGCUUCUCGCUGACGCAGGAGUUGUGUGGGUAGAAUAGGCAUAGUAGUUGAGUAUUCUAUCCGUGAUGUGUGAUACUGUUGUUACUUGGUUUUGUGACUUCCACUUAAAUGGGCUAGUUGGGCUUGCGGAAUGGCAGAGGUAAGGGGUCGUGCUCUACUUGCA